CGUUUAAUUAAUUAAUGUUAAUUCCAAUUAUUUUCCUCUUAGCUCUGGCAAAAUGUCAAGAUGAUACUAUUCAUCAAGAUGGUAUCGAAACAAUUCAGGAGAUCUCUCCUGAAGAACAACUCAGAUUGUUGUAGGAAUAGAAAUUAAAGAAGGAAAGAGAUACAAUUUAUUAUACGUGUAUCAUUUUAGCCAGAAUGCACUUGGGAAAUUAUGGAAGUGAACUUGUUGAAAUUGUAGAUAAUUAAGCUUCUAAGGUGGAACAAUAAAAUGUUUGGAUCAAAUUAUAUACCACUCAUGCAAUUUCAUGUUCCAAGUAGCUCACUUAUGAUGAAAGUGUUUAAGUGUUAUUAUAAGUGAGAGCGGAGGAGUUUGAUCAUUCAAGAUUGCCUGCUUUGUUUUAGGAGAUUGAUUUCAAUCAAUUCAGAAACGGUUCUUGGGAAAGAGAAAUCAGUGAUUAGGAGAAUGCAGUGUGGAAAUACAUUGAAGACUUUGAAUCUGCAUUGGCUGAAGAUUCGAAUAAGAAAAAACAAUUGGAGAGAGAGAGAGACGACGAUUAUGAUGACUUGGAUCUAGAGUACUUGAAGAUUGCUGCUCAGUAGACAAAAGGAAAACAUAGAAUAUUACAAGAUUAUCAACCAAAAUUACAAAAAGCCAACUUCUCAGAUAUUCUAUUCUUAAUACUUGUUUUUCUUUGCAUAGGAGCAGGUAUAAUGUGGAUCAUAAGGAAAUUAAGUUCAGCAGAUGAGUAAUCGAAAAAGAAGAAAACUAAACAGAAUUGAUUUGUUUUUGUAUAAUCUUUUAAAGUAUUAUAUUUAAAUGUGAUUU